AUUGCAAGUCUUAAGAUUGAGCGGCUUUUCGAUAUGAACGGAGACACCAUAUACUCCUUUUGAGAAAAGAGAGGGAAGUUUACGCGCUGUACACCUGGACUCGAACUGUACACCUGGAUGAGAGCCUCUCUCCGAUGAUGAUCGAAAGCCGACAAUUCUCGAGGAAAUCGUCGGACCGUCCUCUCCGGGAUCAAUGUCAAAACAGCUGUCUGUCUAUCUGUCCAAAAACACUGACUGACGGAGAUAACUGACACCAUCCAUCGCCCAGCCGAGUGUGUGACACGCUUCCGACGGUAUUCGAUAUUCCUUCCCGAUCGACGCUUUCCUCCCGAGGUGAAGUCGGCGACGGCUAGCCGGAGAUACGAGCCCAGGCUAACCGAUGAGAAGCGCGUCGCAAUGUUUCGAAUGCGACGAUUCCUCAAGCGAAAAAACGAGUUAUGACGAAUCUGACAGCUCUCGCUAGAGUCAGGUGAUCCUGGAUCGUCGUGGAAGAGACGAAUCAUGCACAAGGAGUGAGGACUUACGAAGAGCAGUAUUGUGAAGCACAACAGCGCGCCGAAGUCGCGAUCCGAGGGAGUUUCGAGGAAACCUAUCACAACUCAGGCAGAGCCGGCUCGAGGCGAACUCCUUUUGUUCUUUUUUGUGGACUGAGUUUGUGAACUCAUCGGUGACGCCUUGUGGAAGUUGCGGUUAGAAGGAAAAAAUCAGUCUCGCUGCGGAGGUCAUCCUCUGCCACCAACGCUAGAUCCUCAGCCAGGACUCAGAACCGGAGAGAGGAAUCUUUGAGAGAGAUCGGCGGAGUAGCAGGAAGUUCCUCCCUCUGAUGAAGUUUCGCUGAUGGCGCGUUGCGGGUAGAAUUUCCGAAAACUCAGCACAACGCAAGAGAUGGCGUCUGGUUCCGAGUUUAGCCCUCUGUUCGGUGGUCCUCAGAUGCCGCUCUUCAAUGACUCCAGCCCUAGGGAGCGUUAUCUGCACUAUGGACUCGCUGCCGUUACAUCAGUCCUCGUUUUCGUUACUCUCUGUCUCGCCUUCUUCUACAACAUACCGCCGGACGGUCGACACAUAUAUUUCUCAUUUGUCCUGAUAAUCAUGUGUCUUCUUCAUUGCAUCUUGAUACACUGGUACCGUCAGGGAGAUGUCGAUCCCAAGUUCCGGACGUACAUUUAUGGGAACACGGUGAUAAUAAUUCUACUGUCAAUUUCGGGUAUCACCUACUUCACGCAGAAAGCCCAAUGCAGCGCUGCUGGGUAGAGAGAGCAUCGAGGCAUGCGAAAAAAUGUGAACUUUUGAGAGUGAGAAAUACGACAAAGUCGCAAACUAUCUUCGAAUACAAACAAUAUUCAUGCGAAAGUUUAUCGAGCCAAAGCUUCGUUACGAGAUUUUUCGAGAUGCU